ACUUCAGCCUUAUCUGUGUGGAAGGCUGUUAAUGUGGCGGGGGCGUACACAGCAGGACUCUCCUCUGCUGUCCUGCGGUAACAUUGUUGUGGAACGACGUCACAGCUCAAAAAUGAAGGCGCAGAGGCAGCCAUUACUGGAGCUUCUAUAAUUAUUUUAUUUCACAUAAAUAUUCGCAGAAAACUCCCAUGGCAAGAGCGACAAGUCAGCUGUAUGAUGUUGUGCCCAUUCAGCCCAACGUUGUCAUCUGUUCCUGCUCACAUCCAUCAAUGGUAAGAAACCACCCUGACUCCUGCUCGCCACUUGCUAUCCCAGGCGCAAGCAGCCGUCACUGCUCCGGUAUGGAAGGCCCAGCUGCAGAGGCUUGUGCUGUAGGAGCGCCUGCAAACAGCCAGAGCUCAGAGGCCUGCAAGCAGCCGGCCAUCCAGCCGGCUCAGCCACGCAAGAAGAAGCCAGAGGACUUCAAGUUUGGCAAAAUACUGGGAGAGGGCUCCUUCUCAACGGUUGUCCUUGCAAGAGAGCAUGCCACAGGCAAAGAAUUUGCAAUUAAGAUUUUAGAGAAACGCCACAUUAUGAAGGAGAAUAAAGUCCAGUACGUGAAAAGAGAAAGGGAUUUGAUGUCAAGCCUUGAUCACCCAUUCUUCGUCAAGCUCUACUUCACAUUUCAAGAUGAUGAGAAGUUGUAUUUUGGGCUCAGUUAUGCUAAAAAUGGCGAACUCCUGAAAUACAUACGCAAAAUUGGUUCCUUUGAUGAGACCUGCACUCGGUUCUACUCGGCUGAAAUAGUUUGUGCAUUAGAGUACUUGCAUAUUAAGGGGAUAAUACACAGAGACCUGAAACCAGAAAAUAUUCUUCUGAGUGAAGACAUGCACAUCCAAAUAACAGAUUUUGGAACAGCAAAACAGUUAUCAUCAGACAGUAAACAAGCCAGAGCAAACUCUUUUGUUGGAACAGCACAGUACGUUUCCCCCGAGCUGCUAACAGAGAAGUCGGCCUGCAAAAGCUCUGACCUGUGGGCUUUGGGGUGUAUUAUCUAUCAGCUGGUGGCUGGUCUACCUCCAUUCAGAGCUGGAAACGAAUACCUUAUAUUCCAGAAGAUAAUAAAGCUGGAGUAUGAAUUUCCUGAGAAAUUCUUUCCCAAAGCCAAGGAUCUUGUUGAACAGCUUUUGUCAUUGGAUCCAUCCAAGCGAAUUGGAUGUGAAGAGAUGGGUGGGUAUGAGCCACUGAAGCAGCACCCCUUCUUUGAUACCAUUUCCUGGUGUGACCUGCACCUACAAACGCCCCCAAAGCUUACACCUUACCUCCCAGCUAUGUCUGAAGAUGAUGAGGACUGCUAUGGAAAUUACGAUGACCUCCUGAGCCAGUUCAGCAACAUGCAGGUGGCCCAGUCCAGCUCAUCGCAGUCGCUGUCGCCACACGACUCAACUCCCCCACAGAGGUCAAGCAGCAACAUUGAACAGUACAUCCACGACCUGGACAGCAACUCCUUUGAGCUCGAUCUACAGUUCACUGAAGAAGAAAAGAGGUUGUUGCUUGACAAACAGACCAUUGGGAACCCUUGGCAUCAGUUUGUGGAGAAUAACCUGAUCCUGAAAAUGGGCCCAGUGGAUAAACGCAAAGGUCUUUUUGCACGUCGGCGGCAGCUCCUUCUCACGGAAGGACCACACCUGUACUACGUGGAUCCUGUCAACAGGGUUCUGAAAGGGGAGAUUCCUUGGUCCUUAGAGUUACGCCCCGAGGCCAAGAACUUCAAAACCUUCUUCGUUCACACGCCUAAUCGGACAUACUAUUUGAUGGACCCCAGUGGAAAUGCAGACAGGUGGUGCAAGAAGAUCCAGGAAGUGUGGAGAAAGAUUUAUCAAAGACACCAAAACCCUGGCGUGUAGGAGCCGAAUAAAUUCUGUCCUCACUCCUUUUUUUUUCUUUUUCUUUUUUCUUUUAAUUUUAAGAUCUGAGGCCAAUCACUGAGCAGAGUAAUGCCCUUUUUAGUGCCCUUCAUCCCAUCAGUGUAAACAAACUAUUCAGGUUGCUGGCAUCUAGACCUCUUUUAGAAGAACCAUGGGAAAAAUACAAAUUUUGAAUUCUUUGUUGCUUUGCUUGUUCUUAGUGCUCUUUGUCAAGCUUCUACUCACGCUGUCCAUGUAUGGAAUAGAACUCCACAAUGCACAUCUGCUUUAUAAACACGAAGGGUUAGGAGGUAGGCAGGCUUGUCUUGUAGCGUAAUGCUAGUUUGGGUACUGCUAGGAUUAUCUCAUGUGCAGGAGCUGUUUUCUUAAAAGAUAACACUAUUUAAACUUUCACAACCCAGGGCCUACCAACGUACAUACAACUGUAAUCUCACCCUUCAUUGUAUUUGCAAGCUGUAGUUAUUCAGUCUGGCGCUUAUCCUAUCAAACCCGGCACACGUACCACACAUGUUUUUUUGUUUUUGUGUCAGAGCCCAGGUGUUCCUCCCUGCCUUCAAUUGAGUUGUUGUUUUUUUUCCCCCUGUCUCUUGGUACUUGCUUAUUGCAGCCUAUUUUAGGUCUCUGGGUAACAAAGCAGAGCUCUGGUCUGCAGUGAGACAUGGGUCUGAACCCGCUUCUAAAGUAGGAGCCUCCAGAGCUGCUACUGAGAAUGGUUCACAUGGUGGGUAAACAUGCCACUAGUUACUACUUCUCAAUACCAACUUGCAUUUUUCCUGCAUGGCUCUUUUUGUAGAUCAAAUUUGUCUGCUUCUUUUCUUAGGGCACUGGAGAUAUUUUUUAUUCAAGAUGGGUAUUUGAUUGCGUUGGCAACCAUAGUAUCUUUGAUUUGAUUGUUUUGUACUAUUCACUGGCUUUGUGGUGUGAAUUCUUUAUUUUAUUUGACUUUUUUAGGUGGAGUAGCCAGCUUAUUUUCAGACUGUCCUAUUGAAAAUAAAAUCGUAUGUGCUGACCACCUCAUGCUGAACAGUAGACCUCCAUCAUCAGCAGUGCAUACACAUACUAUCAUUCUUGGAAGCAAUCACAGAAAAAGUUGUUGUUCCUUCUCAAUAUGGCAUAACUGUGUGGGUUUACUGGCCCGACUGUUUAGUUCGUUUCCAUUCUGACGUUGGCCCAAUAGAAAUUAAAACAAAUGAUUUAACUUGUGCUCUUGUUUUAGUAAUAUGUAUUAUUAUAAUGCUUUUAAUUUUUUUUUUUUUUUUUUUUUCUCUGGGGUGGGGGGUGGUAUAGUACCUUAAGGUCCUUUCCCAAGGCCCGCUUUCUUCAGCUGAGUCUGUGCACAGUGUGACUGGAGUAUAGCUGAAUAGCCCUGGAGCCCAGGGCUCUGUAUGGUUGGAUGUCAGUUAAAGGCUAACUACCUGACAUAAAUGACCGAUUUAAAGUUGCUGUAUCUGUAUGUUGGGGGGAAAAUUCAGAAAAGUUUUUCCUCUAAAUUGCUAAAUUGUUUGGAUCAAGUGGAUGGCAGUCAGUUACAUUGUGUAUGGAAUAUUCUAUCUGGCUUGUAACUGGCUAGAACUGUGAUGUACAGAUGAUGUAUUAUUAAAUCUGAAGCAAGAAAUGCAAUGAUAUUAGGAUACAGUUUUUGUAUUUUUAUUCUUGUAUAAGGUUAUUGAUGGCUAUUGUUUAGCCUAUAGUUCAUUCUGUGUUAUUUAAAUUCUAAUAUAUGAAUCAUCUUUGGAUUGAAGUCAUGUUCAGGGGCCAUGUUGUGUAUGUAUUGAGAUGUAAAGCCUUUGAAUGUGAAUAAUUAUUGUAAACUAUAAUAUUUUACAGCUUUUUUCUUACUAUAUCAUACAUUUUCUAUUUGCUCAGUGAUUUAAUCAUAUUCUGAUUAUUUAAUGAAUCUGUUCAUUCUCUCUCUGAUUAUUUGUGUGCUAGGUCAGUAGAUUUUGAAUGAUGAAUUUUCCACUUAAUGCUUGGUAGUCCAGUAAUUAAAGCAUGUAGGGAUUUAGGCAUUCAAACGACAACUGCCUCCUGUCUUUUGUUCAGCUACAACACUUCAAAACAGUCCAGUGGCUUUUUCACAUUUUUGAUGCAUGUAAAUAAAGUAUGGGAUCAUC